AUUCUUCCCGCCCAGUCAUAUCUCUUGGGGCGUGAGGCUCGUCGAGUGACGUCACUGGCCGAAUGCUCUGUAGCCACGCCUAUCCAGGCGUCAAGCCGCGGUGCCGAGAAGAAAAUGUCAGGCCGCUCAGUAAGAGCAGAGACCCGAAGCCGGGCCAAAGAUGACAUCAAAAAAGUGAUGGCGGCCAUCGAGAAGGUCCGCAGAUGGGAGAAGAAAUGGGUUACCGUUGGGGACACCUCACUGCGGAUUUUUAAGUGGGUUCCUGUCAUUGAUGGAAGAGAUAAAGAAAAAGUGAAAGGAAGCACACCUCUGAGCAGCUCAUCCACCGCCAACUCCUCUCUCCUGCUGGAAUUUCAGGAUGAGACCAGUAACCAAAGUUCCUUUUCUGAUGUAUACCAGCCAAAGGUAGAAAGCAGCAACUCCAGCCCAAGCCCCCCACAUAGUGAGUCUCCCAGUCCAGUGCACACAUCUGACUCUCAGCCCCCAACCCUGGGACAGGAGAGCUUGCAUGAGCCCUCUGUUGCUGCUUCUGAGGGAGCUGAUGAACCACCAACUCUGACCAAGGAGGAGCCCGCUCUUUCUUCAGCUCAGGUACUCACCGAAGAUCUGGAUGAGUCUGGAGCACCACCAUUGAAGAGAGCUUGCCCAGAUGUGCCUUCCCAUCCAACGUCGGCUUUAAAAAGCUAGUGCCAAUUUCAGCAUACACAAGGCGGAACGAAAACCUCCUAUCACUUAUUCGUGAGGACGGUGCCAUCUUAGCCUCUACUUAGAUCCGCAG